AUGGUAAACUUAGCUAAUGUUUUAACCAAUGCGACUGCAGCUACGCUGAGUGCAUGGUCUAAUGCAGUUCCGUUAGAGACAUAUUUUCAUUUUGAUGAGGCAUCCGGAUUCGGGGACUACUAUUUGAAUGUAUCUGUAAUCUGGGCGAACGAGAGCCUUUAUGAAACCAGGAUUGUCCCAGCUAUUAUCAAUGUCCGAGAAUGGCUUGACGAUAUGGAGGCAAACGAACCUACAGCUAGCCUAAGCAACCCAUACGGUACUUCAAGCUACGAUGCUACCCCCACAAUAGAACCUAUUAGUGAAGUGCAAGAAGAAACUGGAUUCAACGCCUUACGGAAGCGCAUUAACUGUGGCUGGUUCUGUGGAAGCAGCAUUCAUUGUUCUGGAAUAUUAGCUCCUUGCAAGAAAUAUGCUUCCUAUCCAUAA